CUUCUUUUAUCCUGACGUACGGUUUUUGAACAAGGUUGAUCCAAAGGCGUCGUUCAUUGCACUGCCUCUUUCAACAAACGUACAAAAUGUUACAAUAUCGUCUUUGGGCAUCUCACCAAGCGUGGUCAAUCAGACACUCUACUUCAAGGUCAUCAGCGUACCAGACCCGACUCAAUUUCAAUUCAUGAUCACUUCACAAGCAGCUAAGGCGAUGAACAGCACAUCUGGCAAUGCUACAUUGGCCACUUCGACCAGCACCAGUACAGACUUAAACAGCACAUUUGACAACACUAGCAUGAGUCUGAUCACAAACUUUAUCGCUUAUGGCGCUGAUAUCCCUGCGACCUCGCCAAGCUCCAUGAUGGAGAGUGGGCUCACUUUCACCGAUCGCGAUUUUCUAUCAUGGACUGUGAGACUUGUUGUCUCGCCCUCGGUGGCAGCUGGGAAGUACCCGUGGGCAUUAUCUGUUACGGAUUUGCAGAACAAUGCGGUCACGGUGCCAUACUCUAUUUUCAUCAAGGCACCGGUGACUUGGUACAGCAACAUAACGACAGUGGUGUUUGGGCAAUCCGGCUACAGCGCCUCGCUUGUUCGAGCAAUUGAAGCAGAUGAGUCUAACAUGGGUUUCGAUACGAGCCUAUCCAAGUAUCAAGUGACGAAGUUGUGGGGCCGUGCCUUUGUGAAUUAUUAUUAUUACGCAUCUGGAAUUUCGCCCUUUGCAUUCACGGGAGCGGCAUUGAACAUGGUCUUGUUCCGAUCAAGCUAUUCCGGAUGGAGCUCGUUUGAUGUCUCCUACACAUCCGCGAAUGGUUAUGUUCCGCUUUCGGCGAUGAGAACUGUCUCGAUGUACUAUGCGACCGCGCCGACCUUAGCCUACGGAACCACCACGUACGAUAAUGCAAUCGGAAGCAGUUACAUUCCGAUUAUCAGAUACACAUCAGACGCAUUUGCAUUGAACGCAUCUACGAUCCCACUGACAGUUGAUCCUGCUGCCGCUGGGAACACCAACGUCAGCUAUAUCUUGAGCGCCAACGUAACGGCAGCAGCCCGUGACGGCUUCGUUUUUCAACUGCGCGUCGCGAACGCUUCGGCUCCAACGGGGAAUGUCACUCAAGUUCGGAACCUCACCGUCGGCAGUCUGUUUACCUGGAACGAUGUGGCCAGCGGCAACCUGUACGCGGUGCCUGACGCGUGGCCCUUCGCUCCUGCCAACAUUUCCCUGCAAUUCUCCGACAAUGUCAACCCUGCUGUCAAACUUCAACUAAGAAUCUUCGGUCAUAACGGAAUGAAAUGCACAGGUCCUCAAGCAUUGACCAUGACCGGCUCAGUAGCUGCGCAAGCCUCGCUGGGUGAUAUCACCCCGACUUUACUCGGAUGCACGACAACCGGACCACCGGUCACCGGUUAUGGUCUGUCCUACACGGUCAUCAAAAGCAGCACGUCCGCCAACUUGGCUGUGUUGACAUGGGGCUACCCAUACGCCUAUUUUUAUGAUAGCGACUUGGCAAGCGGCAUUGUGAAGCUACAGUUCAAGGGAAGCCAAACGGUGACUCAGAAUCUGACACUAGCCCUCUCCGUUUCGGAUUACAUUGUGGCGACCACGAUUUACGUCAACAUCAGCAUUUUACCAGACCCCACACCGCCCAAAGCGUCAGUCACUACCACGAGAGCGAUGACAACCACCUCCUCCCAGACGACGACCAGAUCGUCAUCAACAACUGCCAGCUCCAGCAAGACCAGCAGCGGCAUUAAUAGUAGUACCGCUCCGUUAAGUAGCACGACCACGUCUAGUUCUUUGGCCACCACCGCCACGUCCACUACGUCUGCAAGCCAAAGUCCUUCGCUGACGGCCACCUCAACUGAACUGUCAUCUUCCAGCCUUGCAGCUACCUCGUCAAUCUCGUCGGCGAGCAUCGCAGCUUCCAAAGGUACCACAUUCUCCACUUCGGUCGCUUCAUCUUCUUCGUCCACGGACAGCAAGAUAUCGUCACCAUCAACACCGAUCGCUUCAUCUUCUUCGCCCACGGACAUCAAGCUAUCAUCAUCAUCAACACCGAUAUCACCAUCGCCACCAACAACCUCUUUCGUGUCGUCAACUGUUGCCUCGACAUCCGAAACUUCGACAUCCGAAACUUCGACAUCGUCGGCAUCAGCGGAGUCCUUAUUUUCGUCGCUCACGACGACAGGAACGUCUAGAAUCCCAGGAUCCUCGUCCUUGUUCACGGACUCCCCACUCUCGGAUUUCGAAGAGGCAUCUCCCUCUCCGACCCCAGCCACAACAGAGUCGGUGGAUGCAUCUGAGCAUUCGACUCCUCAGUCAACCAGCCUGAGUCUGAGGCCGGCAUCAGCUCCCAGCACGGAAGACGCAACAAGUGCCAGACAGACCUCUGGGAUAACCCAGGCGGCGGUGCUUAGUGGUACUUCGAGCGCCAGCCCCAAUCCAGCGCAGGCCAGCACAACCGCGUCAGACAACGGCUCGUCCUCCUCUACAAAGCUGGCAGGCGCGGGGGAUGACGCGGCUGCGAAGAAGACCGUCACCUAUAUUGCGUCGGCAGCAGGCGCCGGGGGCAUCGCCGUCACGUCGAUUAUAGGAUACUUUUUGUGGAAGAAAGGAGCCACAACAGCGGCAACUAGGGCUGGACAACUUGCGGGCGCUGCCACGCCCCAUGCGAAUUGACGUAGAGAUUCUGUGUCUCGAACUGUCUGGAAAAAGAGCUUCGUCCAGUCAUUAGCGUCCGGAGUGCGCAAGCGUCAUUUGUGCGCGGUGGUUAUGGGUGGUAUUUACUCUUCAUAUCGAUAGGCAAAAGGAAGGCACCCGGCAAGUGCGAAACAAGAACUUUGCAGGCAUCUAAAAUGUCUCCAUAUAGUAUAAGUAGGUGCGCCAUGUACACUCUGCUCUAGACGCCAGCUA